AUGAAGAGGUUCCUUUCAAGAACAAGUAAACCUGAUAAUGCAGAUUUGAACCAAGAGACACAAAGUCUGACAGGGCAAGAUGACACCAAGUCUAGAACAUCCUCAUCAUUGAAACCUAGCAAGAGUAAUAUAUCACAUGAGUCGUAUGACUCCGUGCGAGAACUAAGACCGAUGUUUGGUGAAACUAAACAACUGCUUCUGCAUAAACCUUCUGAGGCAGGGUUUUUCGAUACUGGAUUGAACCUCAAUCCACUGAUAAUGAGUCCAAAUGACACAGUAACUGUGGGUGCAUCUAGUAGUAGGCAUUCUACGGGAGACGGUGUCUCACUUUUUUCUAGCAAGCAAUCCUUUUCGACGAAGCAGUCAUCAUAUCAAAGUACCAAUACCGCGAAACGACCUUUUCAAUACAACUAUAGUCAACCUUUACAAAUUCUUGACUUGGAAAAAAAUGACACAGGAGAUGAGAGAAGCUAUCAUGAUCGUGUUUGUGAAGAGCUUAAAAAGUUAAGUCAAAAUUUGGCAUAUAUCAUGAUGCAAUAUAAUAAUUCGAGUGUGAACUUAUCAACAACAGUGGUGAAUUGUAUUGAUUGUUUCAAAGAAUUCAAUAAUAAUAUAAAGGAGAAACAAGAGCCAGAUAUAAGCACUUACAAUAAUCUACAUUUAAGAAAGAUUGUCAAGUAUUAUCUCCACUUUUAUGACAAUUUAUUGAAAGACGAUGUUUAUAUCAAGUUGAAGCUUUUAUUAGUCAAAAAUUUCAACGAUUUUGCUGCUGUUUUCAACGACGACCUUAAUGACAAUAACGUGAUCGCUAAACCUCGGAAUUUUGCAGUAGGAUCUAACAAUGUGAGAGAUUUUCCCAAUGAAAAUGUAAUUGUGCGGAUCAUGGAUAAAAUUGCUCAAACAAAUAUUUCGGUUCAAGAGCAAAGUGGAUCAUUCAUAGCCCCAAUAAUGAGAGGUGUCUCCAUGCGCAUGAGCAUAUUGUGUCUCUAUUUUGGAUACCCUGAUCCUCUGGACAUGCACUACAAACUAACCCAAAGUAUUCACGAUUUAUAUGACGAUGUUCACGUCAUGGUUAUGAGGAAUAGGAUUGAGCUUGCUUCUGCGUCGGUACUGAAUCCACCACCAAUUCCAACAGGCCGCACUCCUGGAACGUCAAAUGCUGUACACAAAUUUAAAUUACCUUUUAGAAUACCCACAGAUCCAUUGGAACCUCCAAUAUCCAUGUCCAUAUCAACAGAAAACUCAAACAGAGUCUCAGGAACCAUGGGUGGCUACAUCUAUCCUAAAAUAGAUCUCAUAAAACAACCACAACUCAAAAGCUAUGCAUCUAGUAAGUUUGCAAUAUCAUGUGGACAUGUAUGUUUAGAUCCUCAAGACUCGUCACAUUACUGCAACAUUGCUUCUCCGUCAGCUGCAUUGAUAUCAUUGUAUAAGCAAGCUCUAAUUGCACAAUAUCAAAGGCAAGGCGGACAACUCAGUGAGAGCCAUAUUGCUUAUGGCACAAUAUUGAAUGAAUUGGAGGAAAUGUUCCCGUUGAAAAAAGUCAAGGUCCAAGAAAAACAUUCAUCGGAACAUUAUGAAAUGCGCAACCUCCCACAGUUCAGAUUCGGGCAAAUUAUAUGGGGUGAGCGAACAUUAAUUAACUUAUCAAAAUCUUCCAAUGAGGUCAGUGGAUUAGUUGAACGUAAACUUUCAGAUUUGGCAAUCAUCAAAGUCAACAAGCACUUGAAGUGCUCGUAUAACUACUUGGGAGAUGACGUUCAAUUCAGCGAGUAUGACCCUGCACUUAUAAUAGAUAAUUUAUAUGUUCGAAAAGUGCUCAAUUUGAGGCGAUUUAAGCCAAAAACGAUCAACGAGGAUAUUAACGAGGUUGACUCAAGUGUUUCAUCAUCUUCACAAGAGCAGGACCAGUGUUAUCAUGGCAUAUCUGUAUUCAAAUAUGGCUCAACAACAAAAUACACUCGUGGUAAUCUAAAUGGGGUCAAAUUGGUUUACUGGCUUGAUGGAGCUAUGCAUUCACUGGAGUUUAUUGUUAAUUCCAUAGAGCACAAUUCAGCAUUUGCUGGUGGUGGUGAUAGUGGAAGUUGGGUGCUUACGAAAUUACAAGACUUGGAUUCAAAGGCCAAUGGAUUGGGUGUUUUGGGGAUGUUGCAUUCGUAUGACGGCGAAUACAAGCAAUUUGGAUUGUUUACCCCAAUGUGUGAAAUUUUAAACCGAUUAGAAGAAGUCACUAACAUCAAAUGGGGUGUUAUUGGGUGUGAACAAGAGGAGAAAGGUGAAAAGGUGAUGGAGCACGGAGGCGAUGGAGAAAUUUUGAAUACUGGGGAAGAGGUCGACUAG